CCUUCUCAGACACUGUUAAGCACUCACGUCUAAUCCGAGUAAAACUGACCUUUCUUAAAAAUAUUUUUCGAUAUGAAGUCUUCUUUAUUAAUUUCACGUUGAUGACACCUAACAUGGAUCAAGCAUCACCGUUUAUUACAGUCUCGUAUCGAAGUUUUUUCCUCGCUAGCUUAGCUUGUUAGCUGCUAACAAAGAGACGCGAAAGUUAGCAACCCAUGCUAAGUCCUGGUAAAUGCAUGAAAAUGUGUACAAACUCAAAGAGAGUCGGCGAACAAGAAACAAAUGCUAGUGAGGACAUGUUUGUGGCGUUAGAAAGAACGAUAGCAGAGUACGAGAAGGAACUUUCUCGAACAAAAGAGAACAACGAGCUACUGGACGCUGUUUCCAAACCAUAAUGGAGUCACACAGAUCAGACGUCAGUGAGGAAGCUCUUCCCUCUGGGCAGGAUCGGUGGAGCCCCGGGGUCAAGCAGCACUUUAAAGAGGAAGAGUUGCAGCCAGGGCCCCCCUGCAUUAAAGAAGAGGAGGAGCUAGAGCUGCCAAACAUUAAAGAGGAGGAGCCACAGCCACCCCACAUUAAGGAAGAGGAGGAGGAGCACAGCAUCAGUCAGCAGGAUGCUGACAUCAGCAAGUUUCCAGUGAUUGUGAAGAGCGAAGAUGACGAAGAUGAACCUCGGUGGUCACAGCUUGGUCACAGCCCAAGUGAGGAGAAGGGAGGAUCACAAGCAGACAGCCUCUUAGCGCCGCUGUCAGAUAGCGACGACACAACGUCGCAAUCACCGGACACUGAUGAUGAAGACUCUACAGCUGACAACAAACGCUUUACGUCCUCGUGCAAAGGAGAACAAAUAUUCGGCUGCUCGUUUUGCGCGGAAACCUUUCCCCAAAAGACACAUUUGAUGGCUCACUCAAGAACGCACACUGGUGAGAAACCAUUCUGCUGCCCGUUUUGCGACAAACCCUUCUCGGAAAAGGCCCAUUUGAUAGCGCACACGAGAACACACACGGGGGAAAAGCCCUUCUUCUGCUCUUUCUGCGAUAAGAGAUUCUCCACGAAGGGCCAGCUGAUAUCGCACACAAGAACGCACACCGGAGAGAAACCGUUUUCCUGCUCGGUCUGCAGCACGGACUUCGGCGAUAGCUCGGCGUUGGCUCGGCACAUGAGAACGCACACGGAUGUCAGCAAGGAGCAGGAUUGGAGCUCCAGGGUGGAGCAGGAGGAGCCACAGCCCCCCAACAUGAAAGAGGAAGAGGAGGAGCAAGUGCGGACUCAGGAGGACGAGGACACCAGCAAGUUUCCCGUGACUCGUGUGACUGUGAAGCGUGAAGACGGUGGAGACUCUAAAGGUGAAAAGACGUGUCCUACUGACAACAAACACUUCAAAUGUUCUCAAUGUGACAAAAGGUUUGGUGACAAGCGGCACUUAAAAAGACACAUGAGGUGUCACACGGAGGAAAAACCCUUCGGUUGUUCUUUUUGCGAUAAAAGAUUCCCUCGAAAUGAACAUUUGAUAUCGCACACGAGAACACACACCGGCGAGAAGCCGUUUUCGUGUUCGGUCUGCGCUCAAACGUUCUCUCACAAAUCAAAUUUGACGACGCACAUGCGACGACACACGGGGGAAAAACCUUUUUCCUGCUCGGUUUGCGGCGAAAGAUUCUCUCGAAAGGUCAGCCUGGUGAUACACACCAAAACACACACCGGGGAAAAGCCCUUCGGCUGCGCGUAUUGCGCUAAAAUGUUCUCCCUGAAGGAACAUUUGGUCACACACACACGAACGCACACGGGAGAAAAACCCUUUUCCUGCGUGGUUUGCGCGACGAGCUUCAGCGACCGCUCGGCGUUUACGCGACACACACGGACACACACGGGGGAGAAACCCUAUUCCUGCUCGGUGUGCGGCAAAAAGUUCUCCCUGAAGGCUUAUUUGAUGGAACACGCAGGAACGCACACUGGAGAGAAACCGUUCUCAUGUUCAGUCUGCAAUGCAAGGUUUAGUUUCCGCUCGGCCCUGGUCCGACACGCCAGGACGCACACCGGAGACAAAUCGGUCAGUUGUAAGGUCUGUGAUCAAACAUUCUGUGAUAGGAAGCGGCUAAGCAAACACAAGUGUGUUGGAUGUGAAGGCGCAGAAAAAUAUUCUCAGGGCAUUGAAUCGACGAGCUAGGACAGCGCUAUUACCCACUAUAGCUGUCCUUUUCAUUCUUUGAACAUGAACUGAUGAAGCCUGCUUGAAAUGUCUUUCGUCCGAGCAAGUUUUGUGUGUUAUGGCCAAAGACUACAUAGGACAGU